AUGGAUGAGUGUAUUUCCCAUGAAGAAGAUAACAACAUCCCAACAACUACUAGAGUAGACGGCAAUCCCAAACUUGGUGCUUUCUUCAAUAAGGAUGGACUAUUAUUAAGAUCAUACGGGUGGUUAGUGAAAAACGCUAUAGGUAUUAUACUACUAAUUCAUGGUCUAAAUUCACAUGCAAGAUUGACCUUUUUAAGACAUAACGUUCACAUAGUAGGUAAUGAUAAAGUCAUAUUAAAAGACGGAAAUAAUUAUUACGUUUAUAAAGAUAGCUGGAUAGAACAUUUUAAUAAAAAUGGAUAUUCAGUGUAUGCAUUAGAUUUAGAAGGUCAUGGACUGUCCGACGGGUGGAGAAACCUAAGUCUGAAUAUUAACAAAUUUGAUGAUUUAGUGCAUGACGUAAUACAAUACCUUAAUAUAAUUAAUGAUGAUUUAUGCUUAGAGGAUAGUGACAAUAAUUCGAGGGCAAUUUGUGAUAAGGCUAAGGAGUGUACUACUCUGUGUAAUUAUGACAAUGGAAGUAAUAAUGAUAAAUGUAAAAGAAAUGUGCGGUGUAAUAAUAAACGCAAAAGGGGCAAAGCUUCCAAGGGUCCUAAUAAUCCUCAAAGUAAUGGUAAAUCCUGGUCUAGUAAAGAACAUACGAAUAAUAAAUGUUCUUCCCGUCCAAUAUACAUACUUGGUCAAUCAAUGGGAGGAAAUAUUGCUUUAAGAACAUUGCAAGUGUUAGAGAAGACACAAAACAAUGGGAGAGGAAGAUUAAACAUUCAAGGUUGUAUCUCAUUAUCAAGUAUGAUUUGUUUUCAGAAAAUAGCUUCACCACGUUCAUAUAAAUAUAAAAUUUUUUAUUUACCAUUUACAAGAUUAAUUGGUAGCCUCUUUCCAACAUUAAGACUUGCCACAAAAAUAGGAUUUCAAAAAUACCCCUAUCUAAAUGAACUUAAGAAAUAUGAUAAAAUUGGCUCCAAAAUUGGCUUAACCUUAAAAUAUUGGUGUGAACUUGUAAAAGCAACGAGUAACUUAGAGAAAGAUAUGCGAUACAUGCCUAAAGAUAUUCCUAUAUUGUUUAUUCAUUCCAAGGAAGAUAUUUUUUGUUUGUAUAGAGGCGUAGUAUCAUUUUUUAAUAGAUUAGAUAAUGAUAAUAAAGAAUUGAUUUCACUAGAUAAUAUGGAGCACGGGUUAACCACGGAGCCUGGAAAUGAAAUGGUCUUAGAAAACAUCGUAAAUUGGAUUAAAAAAUUAAAAACAAAAAAACAAAUGGCCAAAAGUUUGAAAAAUAAAUAA